AUGAGCGUGAUCGAUCUGGACGAAUGGGAGAACACAGAGAAUAGCGCACCCGGAAUGCGAAGCAGUGUCGACGACGAUUUGAAGCGACUCUCGUUGACCGAAGCCGAGAAAGAGGCGCUGUUGGACGAUUUGAAGAAAACCGAGGAAGAAAUCGGCACACUCGAGAUGGUGCUUUCCAAUCGAAAGGAGCACGCACUCGAGUUGCGCCGGAAGAUGAAAAUCUCGCGUCCCAUCGAUAUGAUCGCGUAUGAGACGAGCACCGCUUUUCGCACUGUGAUGGACACCGAUGCAGUUAAGAAGACAGCGGCUGUUGCAAACGCGGGAAUGGAGAAAACGAGGGACACAGUGAAAAGCGGCUGGAGUGCUGUGCGUCGAAACAAAGUCUUUCAAAGUGUGGAGUCAUCGGUGAACACAGCUCUCACUUCAACGGCCGAAGUCGCCAAGAAAGGCUACGAACAUCUCGCCGGUUACAACACGAUCCCUAAAAAGGACGAGGAA